ACAAGUUUUCUCCAACUGCUAGAAUCUGAAAGCCGCUAUAACUCGAGUUUAUAAAUCCAUCAGCCCCCACCCCAUCCGUUCUUCUAAUCCAAGAGCUCGUCCUGGUCUAUUAUAAAUAUCCCAUUUGUGGGCACGUUUAUUUUCUCUCACAUUUCUUUGCAUUAUAACGGCUUUUUAAACGAAACAUCGCAUCUGGCGAUUCCAGCGGCCAGGUGUUUCGUUUUGUUUAUAUUGUGAUUUUAACUUUAUGAAGCAUAUUAAUAGCUUGAUAUGAUUGACAUGGCGUCGAUUAAUCCUCACGUAUAUUCGGCACGUAUUAUUCGUAUUCAAACAUUUGCAGUAUUUUGAGUUUAAAUACUUGUUAUUAGAUGCUGAAACAUCUGUAAUCAUGCGCGCCGCGUUUCUUUCAUCGUCAUCUGUCAAAUGCCACUGAACCAUUCAUGCCGAAUAAUAUUGCAGGAUCAUUUUUUCCUUUUCCCGCCUUUGCCCUAAAGCCCGUCUGUUUUCACUGAAUGGUGCAACGUGUCGCCUUGGAAUGUAGCUGUAAGAAAAUUGGCCAUCGGCGGGGGGUGGGCUUGAGGUGGUCAACUAUUUCCCAGAAACGACACGAUUCCACGGGUGCUCCCUAUUAUCACACACACUCCACCUGUUCAUGCGGACAACACUUAUUGUCCCAAGGCAAUAUGCUGUCAAUUUAGCAUGAAGCAGUUGAAGCCUCCUCUAUUGUCCCUAGAGGCUUUCCGAUUGGCUCACGACUGUGGGAAACCCCAGCCUGGCUCAGACCCACAGUCCCCACGCUGGCCGCUGCCUAUAAAUAGCGGAGGCGGCGCCGGCGCGGAGCACAGGGCAUUGACAUUAGGUGUUGAGCGCGUCUGCAGAGAUACACGGCGACGCCAUGGCUCCCAUCAAAACCUGCAAUGCUGGUAUGACCACGAAAGAAAAAACCAAAUUAAGGAAGCCAGUUGUGGAGAAGAUGCGCAGAGACCGAAUAAACGGCAGCAUUCAGCAGCUGAAAGCGCUUCUGGAGAAGGAGUUAAAAGAGUCGCAGCUGACUUCCAAGCUGGAGAAGGCUGACAUCCUGGAAAUGGCAGUGCUUUACCUGCGGGACAAUUUGCGGCCGGCGGCCCCGCGGCAUAGCUACGCCGAGGGCUUUGCAAAGUGCUUACAGGAGACGCUCCGCUUCCUCUCGGCGCACGAUCGCCUGCCGGACUCGCGGCGCAAACUGCUGGAUCAUUUCCACCCGCAGGAGCGCCGCGCGGACAAACACCCCGCCGGCCCCCAUGCGCCUUUCGCCCCCGGGCACUCGUGUAGCGCUGGCGGGCCUGACAGGCUAUGGAGACCUUGGUAAACUAUUUAAAUGAAAAACAAAAAAAACAAACCCGAGGCUGUGCUGGCUUUGUAUACGGCCUAAUUGCAAUUAAGCCGCAGACACAACCUCUUACAGUAGGAAUUAUAUGUUCCCGUUUAAUUUCUAACCUCUGUAGGCAAAACUUGUCAUGACAGCUAAUAUUCUGUAUAGAAUACUAUCUUUCCUGUAUAUACUCGCAUUUAAUGCUUUAUUAAAUUAACUUCCGUGAAGAUUAAUUCUCUUUACAUAUUGUAAAUGUUGUAUCGUCUUCUCAUGUUGUUUCUGAGUGAGGAAGAUGUUUCGCACCGACGGUGUAACAAGUUCGUUUUCUGUAAAACAGUUUUUGGAUUUUGUAGUAGAUCCUCUUACUUACUUGAAAUUAAAAAUCUCUUUGUAUUUAUCAAAUUGAUAGAAAUUCAUUUUUCUUUUCCUUCAUGAAAUCCUGUGAAUAAAUACCUCCUUUACAAAAAGA